UAUGUGCUCUCUCUCUCUCUCUCUCUGGUUCUGUACAAAUUUCUAGAAUUCAGCAAUGGCGGGUGGAAAGGUUUCCUUCAAAGUCACUCUAACCUCCGAUCCCAAGCUUCCAUUCAAAGUUUUCAGCGUCCCAGAGGCAGCGCCUUUCACGGCAGUUCUAAAAUUUGCCGCCGAAGAAUUCAAAGUACCUCCCCAAACUAGCGCUAUCAUCACCAAUGAUGGUGUGGGUAUCAACCCUCAACAAAGUGCAGGAAAUGUCUUCCUUAAGCAUGGUUCGGAGCUACGCUUGAUUCCUCGUGAUAGGGUUGGAGCUGGUGGGGCAUUCUCUUAGAUAAUGCAUCGUUCUCAAGGAGAGAGUUCGUAAUCCACUGUCAAGUGGUAAUGCGUUCUUGAAGCAACUUAUGAGUUAAACUCAUCUUGCAUAGAAUUGGAGGAUUGCCAGAUUGUAAUGCUGUAAUGGAUACUGUAGGCCCACUAGAAAAUUGAAUUGAAAUUCUAUGCCCAAGUACUUUUAAAUGAGGU